AUGAAUAAUUUCAGCAGUAAAAAAUGUUUACAAGAAUUUGCCGCCGGUAGCACAAGAACAGGGAAGAAGCUAAAUAUAGAUUGGAAAACUGAAAAACCCAUUGACAAUUUGGUGCUAAAAAAGUUUGCUUCUAAGCUUCCUGACCUUGAGAAGAAGAGCCGCCGGCUGAUACGCCCACUUUUGAUCAUGGGGGAUGGGCCAGCUGAAUGCAACAUUAAAGUUAUCUGUCGAGUCAGACCUUUAAAUGAUUUAGAAGAAAGAGCUGGCAGUAAAUUUAUAAUAAAAUUCCUCUCUGAAGAUGCCAUUGCUAUUGCCGGUAAAAAUUUUACUUAUGAUAAAGUAUUUAAACCUGAUGUAACACAAGAAGAUGUUUAUAAUGUUGUGGCUAAACCUAUUGUGAAAGAUGUUUUAUCUGGUUACAAUGGAACCAUAUUUGCUUAUGGUCAAACUGCAAGUGGCAAGACUCACACUAUGGAGGUUGUUUCAAGAUAUUUCUUAGGAUACACAAAAUAUAUUAUUAAAUCUCAAACAAAUUUAUUAUGUUUCUUUCAGGGUGAAAUUGGAAAUGCUAAAAAGUGUCUUAUUUUGAAAUAUACAUGGAUAAAAUUAGAGACCUAUUGGAUAGGAGCAACUGAGAGGUUUGUUGCAAGUCCAGAAGAAGUGUUCGAGGUCAUUGAAGAGGGAAAAUCCAACAGGCAUGUCGCUGUUACAAAUAUGAAUGAACAUUCAUCUAGAAGUCAUAGUGUAUUUUUAAUAAAUGUCAAGCAAGUUAACAUAGAAACUGACAAAAAAUUGAGUGGAAAGUUGUAUCUUGUGGACUUGGCAGGCAGUGAAAAGGUGAGCAAAACUGGUGCAGAGGGAUCAGUUUUAGAUGAAGCCAAAAAUAUCAACAAAUCUCUGUCAGCCUUGGGCAAUGUCAUUGCUGCUUUAGCUGAUAAUGCCGGUUUCAUACCGUACAGAGAUAGUAAGUUGACGAGAAUAUUGCAAGAAAGUUUAGGAGGCAAUGCACGAACGACGAUGGUCAUAUGUUGCUCUCCAGCAUCGUUCAAUGAAUCUGAAACUAAAUCAACACUUUUGUUUGGAUCAAGGCUAAAUAUUUCACAACUUAGGGCCAAGACAAUUAAGAAUAAUGUAAUGAUCAAUGAAGAAUUAACGGCUGAGGAAUGGAAGAGGCGAUAUGAAAAAGAAAGAGAAAAGAACAUGAAACUGAAACUUCUUAUUGAAAAGUAUGAGUCCGAGUUAUCAAGAUGGAGAACUGGUGAGACAGUUCCUGAAGAUGAAAGAUUAGCAUUGAAAGAUGUGAUGAGUGAUUCGUCAGCAAACGUUGCUUCAUAUGUUGUAGCUAAAAAUGCUGGCUUAGGAUCUAUGGAUUCUAUGAGAUGGGAGGAGGAGAAGAUGAAAUUAUAUCAACAGCUUGAUGAUAAAGAUGAAGAGUUGAAUGCUCAGUUCGAAAUGGUUGAAAAAUACAAAGAACAAUUAGCCGAAGCUGAAGAUCAGAUCAAAUCGCUGAUCAAAGAUCGAGAUACCUCAAUUGGUGAAAUAUCCAGAUUGCAGAGUGAAAAAGAGUCAUCUAACAUUGAAAUUAAAGAAGUUUUCCAAGCACUGAGUGAGUUAGCUCAAAAUUAUGAUCAAAAGUUAUCUGAAAGUGCAAGAAAGAAAGAAGAAAUUGAUAGUUUGGUUGAGGAACUAGAAAAGAAAAAGAAACCUGCCUUUGCUGGCAACAAAACAUUUCUUGAGAAUAAAGAUGAACGUUUUAUCAAGACCAUGGUCAUGCAAAGUCCUUACUUAAGUGUAAGGUUCAAAGUUGAAAUCGUGGAUGUUGCUUAA